UUUACCAGUGAAUAGUUACCAAGAACUGUCAAACAACUAACCUAUAAAAAUAGGAAACCUUCUAAAAGAUUUUAUAAUAAUUCUCCAUUUAAAUUGAAGAUUAUUUAUGACAACAAAUAAGGUCAUUUAUUCAAAGCAAAUUUUUAAUAUAGUAUGCUCAAAUAAAGAAUAAUUGUAUUCCAAUUGUGUUUUAAAAUUUUAACAAAGAUGGGUUUGUUAACCGUGUUGAAGAAAUUGAAGCAGAAAGAAAAAGAAAUGAGAAUCCUAAUGCUAGGAUUAGACAAUGCAGGUAAAACAACAGUUUUAAAAAGAAUAAAUGGAGAGCCUAUAGACACCAUAUCUCCAACAUUGGGUUUUAACAUAAAAACUUUAGAACACCGUGGUUAUAAAUUAAACGUAUGGGACGUUGGUGGACAGAAAUCAUUGCGUUCAUAUUGGAGAAAUUAUUUUGAAUCUACUGAUGGUUUAAUAUGGGUAAUCGACAGUGCUGAUCGUAGGAGAUUAGAAGAUUGCAAGGUAGAAUUGUAUAAAUUAUUACAAGAAGAAAGAUUGGAAGGUGCCAGUCUUUUGAUAUUCGCUAAUAAACAAGAUUUACCUGGUGCACUUUCGGCAUCCGACAUUGCUGAAAUCUUAGAAUUACCUAACAUUAAAACGCAUCAUUGGCAAAUAUAUAAAUGUUCGGCAGUUACGGGAGAAAAUUUAGUCGAAGGUAUUAAUUGGAUUGUUAGCGAUAUCGCUGCAAGAAUAUUUUAUAUCGAUUAAAUAUUAAAUCUUUCGUUUUAAGUUGAUACGUUUAAUUUAUUACAAAAAUGU